UCGCCUCAGUCUCGAGCGCGAGCUGGCAGCCAAGCGUACGCACUCAGGGAUUAGUGGCCGCCAUCGACGGUGCUUAGGUUCCUCUGGGCUCGUCUGCGCCACUCGCUCGCCACACACUCCGCCGUCAUAAGCCGCCAUCAUGGUAAAGCUCGCAAAGGCCGGUAAAAAUCAAGGUGACUCCAAGAAAAUGGCUCCUCCCCCAAAGGAGGUAGAAGAAGAUAGUGAAGAUGAGGAAAUGUCAGAAGAUGAAGACGAUGAGAGCAGUGGAGAAGAGGUUGUUAUCCCUCAGAAAAAAGGCAAGAAGACUACCACAACUCCAGCAAAGAAGAUGGUGGUUUCCCCAACUAAAAAGAUUGCAGUUGCCACACCAGCAAAGAAAGCAGUUGUCACCCCUGGCCAAAAGGCAGCAGCUAUGCCAGCCAAGAAGACAGUUACACCUGCCAAAGCAGUGGUAACACCUGGCAAAAAGGGAGCCACCCCAGGCAAAGCAUUGGUAGCAACCUCUGGUAAGAAGGGAGCAGCCACCCCAGGCAAGGGAGCAAAGAACGGCAAGAAUGCCAAGAAGGAAGACAGUGAUGAAGAAGAUGAAGGUGACAGUGAAGAGGAUGACGAUGACGAAGAGGAGGAGGACGAUGAGGAGGAGGAGGAGGAGGAGGAAGAGGAGGAAGAGGAGGAAGAGGAAGAAGAGGAAGAAGAGCCUGUCAAAGAAGCACCUGGAAAAUGAAAGAAGGAAAUGGCCAAACAAACAGCAGCUCCUGAAGCCAAGAAACAAAAAAUGGAAGGCACAGAACCAACUACGUCUUUCAAUCUCUUUAUUGGAAACCUGAACUUCAAUAAAUCUGCUCCUGAGUUGAAAACGGGUAUCAGUGAUAAAAAUGAUCUUGCUGUUGUUGAUGUCAGAAUUGGUGUGUCUAGGAAGUUUGGCUAUGUGGAUUUUGAAUCUGCUGAAGACCUGGAAAAAGCCUUGGAACUCACUGGUUUAAAAGUCUUUGGCAAUGAAAUUAAACUAGAAAAACCAAAGGGAAAAGACAGUAAGAAAUAUCGAGAUGCAAGAACCCUUUUGGCUAAAAAUCUGCCUUACAAAGUUACUCAGGAUGAAUUAAAAGAAGUGUUUGAAGAUGCUGUGGAGAUCAGAUUAGUCAGCAAGGAUGGAAAGAGUAAAGGGAUUGCUUAUGUUGAAUUUAAGACAGAAGCUGAUGCAGAAAAAACCUUGGAAGAAAAGCAGGGAACAGAGAUAGAUGGGCGAUCCAUUUCUCUGUACUACACUGGAGAGAAAGGCCAAAGUCAAGACCAUAGAGGUGGAAAGAAUAGCACUUGGAGUGGUGAAUCAAAAACCCUGGUUUUAAGCAACCUCUCCUAUAGUAAAACAGAAGAAACACUUCAGGAAGUGUUUGAGAAGGCAACUCAUAUCAAGGUGCCCCAGAACCAAAAUGGCAAAUCUAAAGGGUAUGCAUUUAUAGAAUUUGCUUCAUUUGAAGAUGCUAAAGAAGCUUUAAAUUCAUGUAAUAAAAGGGAAAUUGAGGGCAGAGCCAUCAGAUUGGAGUUGCAAGGACCCAGGGGAUCACCUAAUGCAAGAAGCCAGCCAUCCAAGACUCUCUUUGUCAAAGGUCUCUCUGAGGAUACCACAGAAGAGACGUUAAAGGAGUCCUUUGAUGGCUCUAUUCGAGCAAGGAUAGUCACUGACCGGGAGACUGGAUCCUCCAAAGGGUUUGGUUUUGUAGACUUUUACAGCGAGGAAGAUGCCAAAGCUGCCAAGGAGGCCAUGGAAGAUGGUGAAAUUGAUGGAAACAAAGUCACUUUGGACUGGGCCAAACCUAAGGGUGAAGGUGGCUUUGGUGGCCGAGGAGGAGGCAGAGGUGGCUUUGGAGGCCGAGGUGGUGGCAGAGGUGGCCGAGGUGGCUUUGGUGGCAGAGGCCAGGGAGGCUUUGGAGGGCGAGGAGGCUUCCGAGGAGGCAGAGGAGGAGGAGGAGACCACAAGCCACAAGGAAAGAAGAUGAAGUUUGAAUAGUUUCUUCUAUCCCUGUCUCUCCCUCUUCCAUUUGAAAGAAAAGGACUCUGGGGUUUUUGCUCUGUUACCUGAUCAAUGACAGAGCCUUCUGAGGACAUUCCGAGACAGUAUACAGCCCUGUGGUCUACUUGGAAAUCCGUAUAGAUAACAUUUCAAGGGAGAUAACCCUGUUGGUGUUGACUGGAUAUUCGUAUAAACUUUUUAAAAGAGAUGAGUGAUAGAGC